AUGUCUGAGGCACACUUUGACGAGUACGAGCACUACAACUUUGACCAUGGCAAGCACAUCUUUUCAAGCCACAGCGGCAAGCAGCGCUCGAAGAAGGAGGCCACCGAGCACACCAAUCACUUCGACCCCUCUGGCCACUCUAGAAAACUAUUGACCAAGCUCAUGAACACCAACAACAACAAGAAGACUGUGAAAAACUGAUGUACAAGUCACGCCAAAGCGCAGUCGACACAACAACACACACACAAAAAAACUUGAGCAGAAGAGUGCAAAACAAAAAAAAAAAAUACAUAAAAAGGCGAAUAUUGAAGAUUGAAAAAUCAAAGCAAAUCAAAGAAAGGUAGCCCAAAAGGAAGAAGAAAGAAGAGGUGAACAGAGGAGAGACUGCUGCGCCAGCGGCGGCAGCUGGCACUGUCGGCUCUCGCUGGAAAACUAGAAAGAAAAGGAAAAGAAAA